AUGGCGCGCACACAGCGCAAGGCGCCGGCGCACGUUGUGUCCACGCGUGCAACGCGUCGGCGCGCGCGCGCGUCGGCGCUGGAGCCCGAGCAGGAUGACCAUGAUCUGAGUGUGCAGCUGCGGGAGAUGGGGUUGUAUGCGGCCGAGACGCACGGGGAUGGAAACUGCCUGUUUCGUGCGCUCUCUGAUCAGUUGUACGGCGAUCCAAAGUACCAUGCGAAGCUACGAGCUGAUACAUGUGAUCACCUAGCAGCGCAUGCAGACAUGUACGCUGGCUUUGUCGAGGCCGAGUGUCCGUACGAAGCGUAUGUGGACCAGAUGCGGACGCAUGGCACGUACGGCGGCCACCUGGAGCUGUCAGCGUUUGCGCACCUGAUGCAAAAGCGCAUCCGCAUUGUGCAGCCUGGGUACGUGUACGUCGUGGCGUGUGAUGACGACUCGUAUAGCGCGCGUGCGUCGCGCGAGCGCCGUGAGCGACACCGGCGGCACAUGCUCGCACAGGAUACCCCGCCGCGUGGCACGCCGCCCGAGUGCGUUGGGCCGCUGCACAUUGCCUAUCACAGCUGGGAACACUACAGCUCACUCCGUCUCCUGCGUGGACCCCACAAGGGACAUCCUAACAUACCCGACACGAGUCACGAGACCGAGGACCAGGCGGAUGCCGAGCACCUCGUGGACAUGAGUGUGCCAGGCCACUCGCAACGCACGAUCCGGCGCCUGUUGCGGGCGCACCACGGGGCAUGGGAAGACGUCGUCGAAGAGCUGAUCGAGCGCGACGCGAAUGGCGACGAGUCGCCCUACGACGACGACGACGGCGACGACAGCGAUGACGACCACGACCAAUCAGCCCCUCCACGCCCCGCCAAGGCGUCCGAGCCGGGCGUCCGUGAGCUGACUAUAUAG